AUGCUAACACAUGCACAAAUAAUUGAUCCUGUUGCAAAUUUUUGUCCACCACCAGAUAUUUGGAUUGAGGUAACUCCUAAAGAGAAUGCUGAACGUAAAAUAUUCACAAAUACUGGCUGUGGUGGCUCUAGGCAUAUUGUGCAGAAAAUAUUAGAUAGAAAUGUUGUUCAGAUUUGGAAUUCAAUUUCUCUUGUAGAUAAACCACUUAAAAUCACAGGAAAUAGCAUUUCAGAAUGUUGUAAUAGAAAGCAAAAUACUGCUGGUGGCAGAGUUCAGCUACUGAAUGGUGUAAUUACUCAAGGAUCUUUAUAUGCUGGCUAUUACGAAUUGGCUAUAUUUACAAAUAUAGUGUUUAUCAUCAAUAUUUUGUUCCAAAGAAGAGGGCAAAGAAUUUGUGAACCACAUUGCGUAAUGGCAACUACAGUUUCAGGAACAGAGAGUAGCUUUGAGAUUAGUGAAGAGGUGAUCACUCAAAUCGAAAAUGAAGUUAAUACAGAACUAUGCAAAGUACACGAUGUGGAUAUUAUAGAACUUGAAUUGCCACAUAUAAAGGCCAAGGGCAAGAAACAUGACAAAAUAUUUAAAACGAUCUAUAAUAUUUUUAAUGUUGAAAUUGUUGAUAAUAAAUUAUUCAUUAAAUUUAAUGGAGGACUUAAAACAGAAAUACAUAAGAAAUUGGUAUAUUCGCUUGAUCAACAACUUCCAACUUGGUGGAAUCAGGUUGACUCAAUAUGUGUAGUUAACGGUAAUCAGUAUCGACCUGAUGUGGGUGGUUGGAAUACUAAGCCACCACUUAGUCAAAGAUUUUUUUCUAUAAUUAAUCCAUGUCCACCACCGUUGCUAUGGAUUGAGAUGACCUAUAUUAAUUCUGGGGAUUGUGAUAAUGCUAUAAAUAAAUUCGCACGCGUUCAACCCCACUGUCCGACCACAGAAUUUGUAAUUGUCAUUGUUCCAGCUACUAAAACCCCCCUUUCAGCAAAUUCAAAUUCAGACAUCAGUUCAGUUGCGGUAAAACCCAAAACGGCUCGUCCAUCUCAUACUCCAUAUCUUGGCCAUUUAUCUGCAGGAAAUAUUAUUACUGCAAUUCAAUGGUACAAGAUAGAAUAG